GCACUGGCGGAAGUUGUGCUAACAGCGGGCUGUCACCGGAGCAGCUAGCCGUCCGCUUCCCGCAAACAAGUCCGAAGAAACCGUCGAUUAAAGCGUCGCCGAGGGGGAAGUCGAGCGAGCUCCCGCGCCACUAUGGACGACGACGUGUUGACGACUCUGAAACUGUUGAUAAUCGGAGAGAGCGGCGUCGGGAAGUCCAGUCUCCUCCUGAGGUUCACAGACGACACGUUUGAUCCGGAGCAGUCAGCCACCAUAGGUGUGGACUUCAAAGUGAAAACACUCGCCAUAGAUGGAAACAAAGCAAAACUCGCCAUAUGGGACACAGCUGGACAGGAGAGAUUUCGCACCCUGACGCCCAGCUACUACCGCGGUGCACAAGGAGUCAUACUCGUAUAUGAUGUCACAAAGCGUGAAACUUUUACAAAGCUUGAAAACUGGCUGAACGAGUUGGAAACCUACACCACACGCAAUGACAUUGUCAAAAUGCUGGUGGGGAACAAAAUUGAUCAGGAUGACCACGAGGUGGACAGAAAUGAAGGACUGAAAUUUGCGAGGAAACACUCAAUGCUUUUUAUUGAGGCCAGUGCAAAGACCAAAGACGGCGUCCAGUGUGCCUUCGAGGAGCUUGUGGAGAAAAUCCUCCAGACUCCAGGGCUCUGGGAGAGCGAGGGCCAAGGCCAGAAGGUCCGUCUGGGGGACCAGGACCAGGCCAGUGGCAGGGCAUGUGGAGGAUACUGCUCUAUACCCUGAAACUGAGCAAAAAGAAAAAAAAGCACCAGCCGGACAGGAACGACCACGGACCAGAGACCAGAACUAGAGAGCAAAAGAGAGAUAGAGAAGGGGAGGGAGGGAGGGAGAGAGAGAGAGAGGUGGAAGUGGAAGUACUUUUUUAAAGUUAACUGUUCAGAGUAGAUCUGUCGGUCGAACGGACUCUGCUGUUUGCACACUUCCUUUUCAUUCAUCACCUGUCACGUCACAUCUUUCUGUUUUAAAACAUGAUUCAGAGGAUCGUACCAGAACGACCUCUCGUACGAGGAAGUCUCAACAUUGUAAGUGAACCAACGCCAAGUGUACGUCUGUCACACAAAGCGCGUCUGGCUUGAAUUUGUCUUCUAGGCAGCGGAGAUCCUGUUGUACAUUAGGGCGUCGGGUUAACGGUGUAGUGCCUAUGACACAAACCAAUUUGUAGGUUACAGGACAUGCAGCCUGUCAAAUUUGAUUGAAAAUGAUAAAAUGAUAAUCAAUGUAGAAGACCGGGCAGUCAUUUACCUCCAGGAAACACUCGUCCUGCGCGUGAGCUGUGAACGUCCACUUAUACAUAAAAUGUGCAAGUCACACGCAGUAUAUUUACAUGCAUUACAGAUUCUCGUGAGCGAUUCCCUAAGGAGACCUCACGGCAGAUUAUUGUUACUGGCACUAAUUUUGUUUUACCCAAUUAUUAUUAAUUUAAUGACGAUUACCUUCAAAAUUCUAUGCUUAAAAAAUAUGAAGACGCUUUCGAUUGAAUCUAUUUCAAGUUAUUUUUUCCCCGUUUUACCUUGGAAAUAUGCUAAACAAAAACAAAAAUCAUCUUUUAGCUAUGUAGGAUUUUUGGCGAGCAAACCUAUCCACGUCUUUGACUGUGACUGGUCAGGACCAUAACUUCCAAGUUUUACAGUGUUUCGAGUUCCUCCGAUUAAAUUUGACCUGAGCUCGACAGAAUGGUUUUGGUCUGAAACUGGUCCCGUGAGCUCGUUUCUCCGCAUUUAUUUUGCACUCUGUGUGUUGUUGUGGUCCAUACGUGGCCCCGUUUCUCACACAUUGUAGUACGAGCAUUCCUGAGAGCUUUGUUCCUCCCCAUCUCGAUUAUAUAUUCGAUGUAUCGUCGUUAUUUGUUUGACUCCUAUUUUCUUCUUUCCCCUGCUUUUCCCUCUGUCCCCCCCCCCGUCCCUGUGGCUUCUGCCGUGCAUCUGUUUGAAUAAUAUACAGCAAUAUGUAAAAAGAAAAAACCUGACAUCUGCCUUAACAUUGAAUGACGUCUGCUAGAGUUUUGGCCGUAACGUUUGUAUUGUUUAGAAAAUGAAAUAAAAAACAGCCCCCGAGAUGCCAUCACUCAA